CUGGAAACCUAGAGGGUUUUGGAACUGUGUAAUGAGGCUGGCCAUUAGUGUCUCAAUAAGUCAUGUAUUUUUUCCCCCCAUUUUCCUGCAGUCUAGUGAUUCGUGGUGAUAAGGAUGAGCAGGCUGUUCUGUGCAGUGAAGACAAAACAUAUGAUUUGAAAGUAGCAGACACUUCCAAUAUGUUGCUUUUUAUUCCUGGUUGUAAAAUUCCAGAGCAGCUGAAGAUGGAAGAAACACACUGUAACAUUAUUCACACUGAGAUCUUUGGUUUUACUAACAAUUACUGGGAAUUAAGAAGAUGUAGACCUAAACUAAAGAAGUUAAAGAAACUUUUGAUGGAAAAUACCUAUGAAGGACCUGACAGUGAAAAAGAAAAGGAUUCCAGUCACUUAAAAUAUACGACUGAAGAUUUGCUUGAUCAAAUUCAGGCAAGUGAGGAAGAAAUAAUGACCCAGUUACGAGUUCUCAAUGCCUGUGAAAUUGGAGGUUAUUGGAGGAUUCUUGAAUUUGAUUAUGAGAUGAAACUUCUGAAUCAUAUAACUCAGCUUGUGGAUUCCGAAUCUUGGUCUUUUAGCAAAGUUCCUUUGAAUACAUGCCUUCAGGAACUUGGACCAUUGGAGCCAGAGGAAAUGAUUGAACACUGUCUUAAAUGUUAUGGAAAGAAAUACACAGAGGAAGGUGAAGUUUAUUUUGAACUGAGUGCAGAUAAGGUAUGCAGAGCUACAGCGCAGAUGCUACUUCAGAAUGCAGUGAAAUUCAAUCUCGCCGAGUUUCACGAAGUGUGGCAACAGAGUGUUCCGGAAGGAAUGACGACCAGGCCGGAUCAGCUGAAGGGUUUGGCCUUGGUGGAUAGACAGUCAAGACCGGAAAUCAUAUUUCUGUUGAAAGCAGAAGACUUACCAGAGGGGGAUCAGGAACGUUUCAAUAGUCUGUUCUCUCUGAGAGAGAAGUGGACAGAAGAAGAUAUUGCUCCAUAUAUUCACUUUCUCAAGUUCUGGCUGGCCCUCCUCUUCUCAUUCUGCAUGAGUACUGAUGUGGCUGGCAGGGUGUGUGUCAGCUCUCUGCCUUUCUGCUGUGUCUAGAACCACUUCUCUGCUCUUCCUGCACACUGCAGCUCUCAGAGGGACAGUCUGCUGUGAUCCCUCCUGUGACUGUAAGGCAAGCAUUCCUCUCUAACGGCCACCUUCUUUCUUGCCUGCUGCCUUAGUUUAAAACAUUUUGGGAAAAGUCAGAAUUCAUAAGAAGUUCACCCUGAAGUUACUGCUUGCCAGACUGACCCAAAAUCCACUAACAAACCCUACCACUUCCUCACUGGGCCUCUUGGGGCCUCUCUCUGCUCUUUACCCAGCCUCAGUUUCCUUAUAUCUAACAUGGGGUUAGAUAAUACAUGACUCAUACUCUUACCAUGAAGGUUGUCGAUAAUAUAUACGUGUAAUAUAUCUAGUUCAGUUAUGGCUUAGUAACCUCUCUUUACACCUAUCUCUCCCACAAAUACAUACCCUUAUGUUUGUUGGAAAGGUGGACUUAGGGGAGAAAGAUAUAAAGAACUAGUGCUGUGAAUAUCAUGUUAUGUUCCCUAGACUAUUUGUGAUGUUCAUUUUUUUGGUUUUAUUUUGUUCAUUAAUUUUUUUAUCGU